CCUACUGAUUGGUCGCCGCGCGAAGGGAGGCGGGGGCGGUGUCCGAGGUGGGAUCAGCGCCGUCCGGAGGAGAAGGAGCGGCGGUGGCAGCGGCGCAGGAAGAUGCCAGUUUCCACUACACUCCGGCGCCUGCAAACCGAGGAGGACUGAUUCCCAAGGUGGAUCUUGAGCAGCUCUGGAGAGAAGACGGAGGUGGCCGUCGCCCGGAGAACGACCAUGGGUGAGGAAGGCCCUCCCAGUUUGGAGUACAUCCAGGCCAAGGACCUGUUCCCCCACAAAGAGCUCAUCAAGGAAGAAGAAUCAUUACAGGUCCCAUUCCCAGUGCUGCAGGGCGAAGGUGUGGAAUACCUGGGCCAUGCCAGUGACGCCAUCAUUGCCAUUUCCAACUACCGGCUCCAUAUCAAGUUCAAGGACUCCGUUGUCAAUGUGCCUUUGAGAAUGAUGGAAAGCGUGGAGAGCCGAGACAUGUUCCAGCUUCACAUUGUCUGCAAGGAUUCCAAAGUAGUCAGGUGCCAUUUCUCUACUUUCAAGCAAUGCCAGGAGUGGCUGAAGCGACUCAGCCGAGCCAUUGCGCGCCCCACCAAGCCGGAAGACCUCUUUGCGUUUGCUUACCACGCCUGGUGCUUGGGGGUCUGCGCCGAUGAGGAAGACCAGCAUGCCCACCUCUGCCGCCCGGGAGACCACGUGAAAUACCGCUUCGAGAUGGAGCUGGCCCGGAUGGGCUUCGACCUGCAGAACGUGUGGCGGGUUUCCGACAUCAACAACAACUACAAGUUGUGUUCCAGCUACCCGCAAAAGCUCCUCGUUCCUGUCUGGAUCACAGACAAAGAGCUGGAGAAUGUGGCUUCCUUUCGCUCUUGGAAGCGGAUCCCAGCAGUUGUGUAUAGACACUUGCGCAACGGGGCAGUGAUCGCCCGCUGCAGUCAGCCUGAGAUCAGCUGGUGGGGCUGGCGCAACGCCGACGACGAGUACCUCGUAACUUCCAUUGCCAAAGCCUGUGCCUUGAACCCGGGACAGAGGUUGGCCGGGGGGACCCCGCAUUCUGGGCUCAGCGAUGGCAGCGAGGCCUGCGAUGCAGGGUUUGAUUCGUCCCUGACGGCGUGCUCGAGCGUGGAGAGUUCGGCCACCCCGCAGAAGCUGCUGAUCCUGGACGCCCGGUCUUACACGGCAGCCGUUGCCAACCGAGCCAAAGGCGGAGGCUGCGAGUGUGAAGAAUAUUACCCCAACUGUGAGGUGGUGUUCAUGGGGAUGGCCAACAUCCAUUCCAUCCGGAACAGCUUCCAGUACCUGCGGGCCGUCUGCAGUCAGAUGCCAGACCCUAGCAACUGGCUUUCGGCCCUGGAAAGCACCAAGUGGCUGCAGCACCUCUCCGUCAUGCUGAAGGCAGCCGUCUUGGUCUCCAAUGCGGUGGACCGGGAGGGCCGCCCGGUGCUGGUGCAUUGCUCCGACGGCUGGGACCGGACCCCUCAGAUUGUUGCCCUGGCAAAGAUCCUCCUGGACCCUUAUUACAGGACGAUGGAGGGUUUCCAAGUACUGGUGGAAUCCGACUGGCUGGACUUUGGCCACAAGUUUGCCGACCGCUGUGGCCACCAGGAGAAAGCCGAGGACCAGAAUGAGCAGUGCCCUGUUUUCCUGCAGUGGCUGGAUUCUGUCCACCAGUUGCUCAAGCAGUUCCCCUGCCUUUUUGAAUUCAACGAAGCUUUCUUGGUGAAGCUGGUGCAACACACAUACUCUUGCCUUUAUGGGACCUUCCUCGGGAACAGCCCCUGUGAGCGCGAGAUGCACAACAUCGCCAAGCGGACAUGCUCAGUGUGGUCCCUCCUGAGAGCCGGCAACAAGAAUUUCCACAACCUGCUCUACAUAUCUGGCACUGACCAGGUGCUGCAUCCAGUGUGCCACGUGCGAGCGCUGCACCUCUGGACCGCUGUCUAUCUCCCAGCAUCAUCCCCCUGUCCUCUAGGAGAAGAGGGCAUGGAUCUCUACCUGCCUUCUGGAUCUCAGAGUCAGGAGUUUAGCAGCAGGUCUCUCGACAGGUUACCAAAGACAAGAUCCAUGGAUGACCUUCUCUCUGCCUGCGACCCAGGCAGCCUGCUGACCCGCACAUCGAGCGAUCCCAAUCUGAACAACCACUGUCAGGAUGUCAGAGUCAACCUGGAACCCAGACACCCCAAUGCCGAGGAGACGGCGGCAUGCAAAGAGAGCUUGGGAGAGGAACCGUCUCAGGUGGCAGAGCCACAAUCGCAACAGCAGGAACUCUAUGCCCUCAGUACUGGUGGUGGCAGCAGCGGCAGUUCUGACGGUUGCCAGAUCGACCAGCAGCCAAUUGUGGAGGACCACGGGGCGUCCCAGCAGCUAAACAACCCAUCGCCAGAGGUGGGAGGAAGGGUAAGUGAGACGGUCCUAGAAGCAACGGAAAGCCCCCACCCAGUACCUCUUGGACAGAAGAUUCUUUCCCAGGAUUUGGCCAGAACAGAAGAGCCGUUCGAAAGGUUACCCUGUGCCCCCGCGAAAGACGUUGGCAUGGAACCCAGGGGCACAUGGAACUUGGUUGAACCUUCUGGCUUCCCAGAACCCUCCCUCCGGCCUUCAGCGCGAGCCCCUGGUUUUGGGAACCAGCCGGCUCUGAGCCUCCCGAGACAGGAUGCUCCCAGCUGCCGAAAGGAAGAGGAAGAGGAAGGCAGACGGGGAAACGCGAGGCAUGGGGAGGAAGGCCACCAGGUGGGGAAGGCUCAGCCCGAGUGGUGGAGGAAGGGGAUUUCUCAGAGCCAAAUGAGUGAGUUUUCUCUCCUGGGGGUCAACUGGGACAGUUUCCAAGGGAUGGGGACUUCUGUCCCCGGGGGAGACGGGGCCCCGCGGCGACUCCUUUCCUACGGCUGCUGUAACAAGAGGCUGAGCCAUCGGUACCUCUGGGCUUCGGGACUGGGCCUCAGUGGCCAGUGGCCUUCGAAAGACGGGGUCAAGCUCCCCGGCUGCUCUGGCCAUUCUGGCCCUCACUGUAUAGGCGGCCCGGCCGGGAAGGCCAACCGACCGUGGCUCCCCUGCCACUUGAAGCAGGCCCUCAGCUCCAAGCAUGCGGCCCCCAGCAGCCCUUCUCCGGUGCCUCCCUUCUACCUGGACGACGACGGCCUCCCCUUCCCCACGGACGUCAUCCAGCACCGGCUGCGGCAGAUCGAAGCCACCUACAAGCAGGAGGUGGAGCAGCUGCGCAGGCAGGUGCGGGAACUGCAACUCCAGCUGGACAUCCGCCAUUGCUACCCUCCGCCCGCUGAGCCCCAGAUGGACUACGAGGAUGACUUUACUUGCCUCAAGGAGUCGGAUGGCAGUGAAAAUGAGGAUUUCUAUUCAGACCACAGCGAAGACUGUCUAUCGGAAACAAGCUGGGAGCCUGUCGACAGAAGAGAAACGGAGGUCACACGCUGGGUCCCAGACCACAUGGCCUCACACUGCUUUAACUGUGACUGUGAGUUCUGGCUAGCCAAACGCAGGCAUCAUUGCAGGAACUGUGGGAACGUCUUCUGUGCCGGCUGCUGCCAUCUCAAGUUGCCCAUUCCGGACCAGCAGCUCUACGACCCGGUCCUCGUCUGCAACUCCUGUUACGAUCACAUCCAGGUCUCCCGCGCCAGGGAACUGAUGAGCCAGCAUUUGAAGAAGCCCAUUGCCACGGCUUCCAGCUGAAGGCCAGACGAGGGGAAAACCUUGCCCGAGCCCAGCCUUUUCCCCCCCGACUCGGUGGACUGGAAGGAGAAGGCUGCCUCCGCUGUGGCAGCCGAGGAGGUCGGUCGGUCGGUUGCGCAGCACUUGGUCACCGAGCCGCGUAUGCACUUGGCGGCGAUUUCUCUCCCAACUCCCCCCAACCCACCCCACUUGGUGCCCCGUGUAUUGGAGAUGAGGAAAUUGGAUUAAAAAAAGUGUGAUAUGGCCCACACUAUGGUACUGUUUGUGCUCUGAAGACGACCCGCGAGGCUCAAUCGGAGACCGCACGGUUGUCUUUUCCUUCCGAGGGUUGACGGGCCGUGCGGCGUGUCGACUACUCUACGCUGGGCUCCCCGAGAGCGAGAGAAAGGCUUGGUUGGCAUCAGACCCUUCUUUUCCCCCACCUGGAUUGCACAAGAACAAAAAUGGCAGCCCCAGAGAUCAGCGGGAGCCUGUUUUUGGCUUGCUAGCCACUUCCUUGGGAUGGCUCAAGGUUGCCAGCGGGAUGCGGAAGGGGUUCCCUUCUCAAGUGGAAGGGAUCUUUACAAAUUCCUCUCAUGGAGUAGACUCUGUCCCAGUGGGAAAGCAAAGUUUGGGCUUGUUCCACAUCUUGCCCGCUGUGUUAUGGGGCGCCCAUUGGGGCUCUCCAGGGGAGAGACGUCUUGAGCUCCCCACGGCGUGUGUCCCCCGCCCCUUAUGCUGCACUCGUGUCUCCCUUAUUUCGGGUUGCGCUUCUAACCCUGCAAACCGGAGGAGGGCAGGCUUUGUGGGAUUUCUAGACCUCCUGGAAUGUGCUGUCUAGUGUGCUUUUGAGGGUCUCAGUCCAAAACUGCUGCUAAUGUUUAUUUCUCUGCACUUAAAACCAUAGUCUGGGUGGGGUGCCAGUUGUGUGAGCGGGGAAGGGAGAAGGAACGCCAGCCCUGUUGCGAGGGGACAAGAUGGACCGUUAUCCAUCCAUGCCAAGAACGCUUCCCAGUCUGUUCCAACACCAGUCAACACUGUCUUUAUGGUUCGGCAACCCAGAGUUAUCACAAGACGGUGAGUGUGUGGCCUUUAAGGUGUUACUGGAUUGCAUUUCCCAUGGCCCCCUUUUUGGAUAGCUAAUGGGAGCUGCAGUUCAAUAGCAUCUUCAAGGCAAACGCGUGGCUUUUGCUGUCAUCCAAGCAAACUGAAAUGGUUUAGAAAGCGGGUGUGGAAUGCAAGCAGCUGAGGUUUUUGCUGGUCUCCGUGAGAGUUGUGUUCACCAUCGAUUGUAUCCUCAAGGAGACAAGGAAAUGGACAUAACUGAGGAGAACGGUGUCCCCUUUGCCCAAAAUCUUGGCACCCAGGAAGAAAGUCUGCUUUUUUAAACCCUUGUCAGCUGAGGUGGUGGUUCUGUCUUUCGUUCAUCUAAAUAUCUUCCGCACUUCUGCCUGCGUCGGGUCAUGUUAAGCCUAAAUUCAUCUCGCCACACUGGAUCUCCCUGAAUUUGCCAGGGAAGGAAAGAGAGGAGACUUCGUAUUAGCAAACGGCGGGAUCUCCGGUUUUUAAAAACAUCACAACAUUUGGCCAUACUACUACGAACUUUGUACAAAGGGAUGCAAGGAGGAGGAGGAGGAGGAGGAGGAGAGUUCCGAUCCGGUUCCACGUUGGGCUCAUUUGCACAGACGUAAAACGGCAAACAUCAGAAAGCGAGAGAAGGCAGCCGCGGUUGAAUCCAAAACGGCUUUUUUUGGCGCUCGUGGAUUUCGCGUCUCCGUCUCGGAGCAAAACCAAACGGGGGAAAACAAAACACAGAACGACCCAACAACUCCGAAACGAGAUCGGUAGCUUUGUGACGAAACAAAUGUGCUGUAAGAAAUUCAAUACGGUUGAAUAAAAUCUCUAUAUUAGU